AAAAUUUAUUGUCUAAUUAUUCUUUAUCCAACUACUAUUUAAUUCAACCAAAUAAAUCAUUUCAAAAACAUAUUCAAUCAAUCAAUCAUUUAUUAUAAAUCCUUUUGCGAAUAAAAGACUACAAAUCCCCGUCACCAUAUUUUGUCCUUUAUUUUAUUUCUUCAGUUUGCUUCUGCUCUCAUCAGUGCUGAGAAAACCAAUUCUUGUUUCAUUCAUUGUUCUCUUUCAAUCAGAGAGGAUUUUCUCACGACUUCUCUAAAAAUGGAAAGCAUUACCAAUGUUAUGGAGUUUGAGGCAAUUGCAAGGGAAAAAUUGCCGAAAAUGGUUUACGAUUACUAUGCAUCUGGUGCAGAGGAUCAGUGGACUCUACAAGAGAAUCGAAAUGCUUUCUCUAGGAUAUUGUUUCGCCCUCGGAUUUUAGUUGAUGUUAGCAAGGUUGAUGUAAGUACAACUGUUUUGGGUCACACGAUCUCAAUGCCGAUAAUGGUUGCUCCUACAGCCAUGCAGAAAAUGGCCCAUUCUGAAGGGGAACUUGCUACUGCUAGGGCAGCUUCAGCUGCUGGCACCAUAAUGACAUUAUCCUCUUGGGGAACGUGUAGUGUUGAAGAGGUUGCCUCGACUGGACCUGGCAUUCGAUUUUUUCAGCUCUAUGUGUUCAAGGAUAGAAAUGUUGUUCGGCAGCUUGUUAGAAGGGCUGAAAAUGCCGGUUUUAAAGCAAUUGCUCUUACAGUUGAUACACCAAGGCUCGGGCGAAGAGAAGCUGAUAUCAAGAACAGAUUUGCCUUACCAGCCAAUUUGACUCUGAAAAAUUUUGAAGGCUUGGACCUUGGCACAAUAGAUAGGACAAAUGACUCUGGACUUGCUACAUAUGUUGCAGAUCAAGUCGACCGGUCUCUUAAUUGGAAGGAUGUGAAGUGGCUUCAGACUAUCACUAAUUUGCCGAUUCUAGUGAAGGGAGUGUUAACUGCUGAGGAUGCAAAACUUGCCGUACAAGCUGGAGUAGCAGGGAUUAUCGUGUCAAAUCAUGGAGCUCGGCAGCUCGACUAUGUUCCUGCAACAAUAAUGGCCUUGGAAGAGGUCGUGAAAGCCGCGCAGGGAAGAAUUCCCGUUUUUCUUGAUGGUGGGGUGAGGCGUGGCACGGACGUUUUCAAAGCACUAGCACUCGGUGCAUCGGGUGUUUUCGUAAAUGGCGAAUCAGGCGUGAAAAAGGUGCUUCAAAUGCUUCACGACGAGUUUGAGCUGACAAUGGCUUUGAGUGGCUGUCGAUCGGUCAACGAGAUCACACGGGCCCACAUCACGACCCCUUGGAACGCGGCUCGUCUGUAA